AUGAACCCGACUGAGAUCUUGAUUAAGGAGGGUGGUAAGUUGGAGGCUGAGGGCGUGAGUAUGGUGAAGGUGGGCGGUACUGAGAAGAAUGUUGUGAGGGCGAGGAAGGAGGUCAUCGUUGCUGCGGGUGCGAUUUGGACUCCGUGGCUGCUGCAGCGCAGUGGGGUCGGUCCGAAGAGUGUCCUUGAGGGGGCUGGCAUCGCAGUCAAGAAGCAUCUGCCUGGUGUAGGUGCAAAUUUCCAAGACCAUCCCUUUGGAGGCAGUGUCUGGAACUGGACGACCAAUCCAUACUUCCCCACCGCUGGAGCCCUAGCAACGAACCAGACCUUCUACGCCGAAGCUGAGAAAGAGUAUACCCAGUCACGCGAAGGUCCUCUCACGACAUCUCGGGGCAACCAAGCUGCUUUCCUACCCCUCAAGACUGUCGAUCCAGAAGGUUGGCAAGCCCUUGUCGAUGCUGUCGCGGCUCAAGAUCCAACUCCCUACCUCCCGGUUCAAUACGAUGAAACGCUGAUGGCGGGUGCCAAAGCCAUACACAACAUCACCGCCGAAUAUAUCGCACGCGAUGACGCUGCAGCCUUCGAAUUCACCUUUGCAGAAGGGCCUAUAGGAAACGCUGCGAUAAUGCGCCCCUUGAGUCGGGGCACCGUAAACAUCGAUCCAGCCAACCCUUCUUCAGGCCCACUAGUAGACUGGCGCACCUUCUCCAACCCCCUGGACAUCAAAUUCGCCGUGCAAAUGGUGCGCUUCUCGCGCCGCUUCAACACUCUCUCCUCUUUCGCUGGUCUCGGCGCAGUUGAACUCUCGCCUGGAGCCAAUGUUACGAGCGAUGCUGGGAUCGAAAGGUAUCUGCGCAGUACGAUGGAUCCGACGUUCGUUCAUAUGGCGGGUACGGCGUCAAUGCUUCCAGAAGAGCUUGGUGGUGUCGUGGGUACGGAUCUGAAGGUUUAUGGCGUUGGGAAGCUGAGUGUGGUUGAUGCGAGUAUUGCUCCGUAUUUGCCGGCGACGCAUCUUUGUACGACGGUUUAUGCUAUUGCGGAGAAGGCGGCGGAUGCUAUUAAGGCGAGGACGGGGUGGGCUGAGUAG